GUUUGCUUGGAAGCACAGCAACUGAGAAGCACAGCAAUCCUUCCCCGCUGAAGCGAACGAGCAACAUCGACAGUCGGCUCUCCUAGCGUUUACGUUUCGAAGCAAAGUCGACCCAGAACCGUUGCGGUGAGAAUCACCGGCAGUCGAACGCUCAAUAGCUUUUCAAAGGACGCACCGAUAUCCAUUCACCUCGGGGUUUUCCAAACUCGUCAAGAUGGCUCAGACUUCCUCAUAUUUUAUCAACGUCAACUACCAGCAGGAGAAAGAAAAAAUUACAAGCUUCAUAGAGAAGUUUGCGGUGGAGCUGGAGAGUCCCGAGUCUGACGCGGACGACGAUGUUUUCCAGACUAGGAGAAAUGCGAAAGUCGCUCGCACGUCCUUCCCAUAUGCGGAACAGUUGAAAGCACUCGCCGACAAAACUCAGUCCAAGCUCGAGAUAGCUUUGGACGACGUCGCAGCGUUCGAGGAGAGUGAAGAGCUGGUCAGGAACAUCGAGCAAAACACCAAACGUUACGUCAACUUGUUCUACGAGUGCGUGGACGCACUUCUUCCCGAAAGCACAAAUCAGUCCACUGAGGAGAGCGACCCUCUCGAUGUAAUCUUGAACCAAAGAAGGCAGCAUGACGCUGCUAGGGAGGGAACGAACGCAUCAGGGUUUUCACCAGAGCUGACUCGUAGAUACACGCUGUACUUCAAAGCGCGGAGUAGCACGAAAGGAAUGUCAGUCCGAGAAGUGAAGGGAAUGUCUGUAGGGCAGUUGGUGAAAGUGAGAGGAAUCGUCACCCGCGUUAGCGACGUGAAACCACAAGCUGUCGUCAUGGCGCUCAGUUGUGACAAAUGCGGGAACGAAAUUUUUCAAGAGGUCACCUCGCAUAGUUUCAUGCCCCUCACGGAAUGCCCGAGCGAAGACUGCAAGAAAAAUCAAUCGAAGGGAAAGCUUUACCUGCAAACUCGAGCUUCCAAACUUGUGAAAUUUCAGGAAAUCAAGCUUCAGGAACUGACCGACCAAGUUCCCAUGGGCCACAUCCCUCGAUCGAUGAGUGUACACUUGUACAGUGAGAUGACGCGUACCGUCAAUCCUGGAGACGUGGUGUAUAUCUCAGGAAUCUUCCUGCCCAUUCCUUACACUGGAUUCCGAGCGUUGAGAGCUGGACUCAUAACGGACACCUACUUGGAAGCACACCACAUUCACCAAGUGAAAGAGCAAUACUCGGAGAUGCGCAUGACCCCUGAGAUUGAGGCACGGCUCAUGGAUCUGCAAAAUGAACAGGGUCUGUACACGAGACUGGCGCAAAGCAUCGCACCUGAAAUCUGGGGUGUCGACGACGUCAAGAAGGCGCUCUUGCUGCUUCUCAUCGGUGGAAGCACAAAGGAGACGCGAGAUGGCAUGAGGAUCCGUGGUGAUCUCAACGUCUGUUUGAUGGGUGAUCCCGGAGUUGCGAAAUCUCAGUUGCUGAAGCAGAUCAGUAAGAUCGCUCCACGAGGAGUGUACACGACUGGUCGUGGAAGUUCUGGCGUGGGUUUGACUGCCAGUGUGAUGAAGGACCCCAUCACGGAGGAAAUGGUCUUGGAAGGAGGAGCCCUGGUGCUGGCCGACAAUGGUAUCGCGUGCAUUGAUGAAUUCGAUAAGAUGGAUGAGAACGACCGGACUGCUAUCCAUGAGGUCAUGGAACAGCAGACUAUCAGUAUCAGCAAGGCAGGAAUCACUACCACGUUGAACGCUAGGGCUUCCAUCCUCGCUGCAGCCAAUCCACAGUUUGGUCGUUACAAUCCCAAGAAGCGAGUUGCCGAAAACAUCAACCUUCCCACCGCCCUGCUGAGUCGUUUCGAUAUUCUGUGGUUGAUGCUUGACAAGCCCUCGAUGGACACGGAUUUAAGACUGGCCCGGCACGUUGCCCACGUCCACAUGCACAUGCAACAUCCUCGCUUGGAGGGCGACAUCGAGCCCGUUGACGCAAUGCUGAUGAGGUUCUAUGUCGCGAGGGCCCGUUCUUACGACCCAGAAGUGCCACCGGACGUCGCGGACUACAUUGUAAACGCGUACGUCAACCAGCGAGCGCGAUACAAGGAAACACAGGAGUUCCAGUACACCUCUGCCAGGACCCUGUUGAGUAUUGUUCGCAUGACGACCGCAUUGGCUCGUUUGCGAUUUGCUUCCGAGGUGAUCAUCGACGACGUGGACGAAGCCUUGCGGUUGGUUGAAGUCAGCAAAGCAAGUUUGAACAACGCGGACGAGAUGGAGGAGCGCGACCCCAUCUCGGUCAUCUUCGACCUGAUCAAAGACAUCUCGAGGGAUGGUGAAGGACGGAUCAGGCCUGAGAUUAGGAUGGAGAGGGUCAUCAACCGCAUCAUUGGAAAGGGAUUCACCCGCGACGAGCUUGACCAGUGUCUCGAGACGUACAGCGAUCUGUGGAUGAUUACCGCCAACGGGACUAUCUUGCGUUGGUCGAAUACGGAGGCGGAUGUGUAAUUGUUGGGGGAGUAGGGAUGUAUGGAUGGACAUGAGGUGUUUUGAACGAGGGAACAUUUUGGCUCGGGCUAACUGAACAGUUGGAGGUCUUGGCGCUUUGCGGUAGUGUAUAUUGAGGGGGGGCUUUGUAUAGUCAGGGAGGCGGGGUUUCUCAGUCGGAAUUCGUGUAUUCUAAUCGUGAGGAUGUGAAAAUAAUAUAUCUGUGCUUGAAGAGA